AAUUUUAAAAUAUUUUCUUAAAGCCGUCCCAAUUCAAUGAAUUCGUAACACUAACUACCACAAAAAAUAGCUGGACCAUUCCUUUGCUCCGCACAGCCCCAAAGUCACAAACACAGAUUACUUUGAUUUGAAGUUUAAUCCUUUUGUUGCAAUGGCAGAGAAGAGCAAGAUCCUAGUCCUUGGAGGAACAGGUUACAUUGGAAAAUUCAUAGUUGAGGCAAGUGUAAAAGAAGGGCACCCCACGUUUGCUUUGGUUAGGGAGAGCACGGUCUCUCAUCCUGACAAGUCAAAGCUUAUUGAAUCCUUCAAGAGCCAAGGAGUUACCCUGCUUUAUGGUGAUCUUACUGAUCAUGAAAGCCUUGUUAAGGCAAUCAAGCAAGUUGAUGUUGUGAUCUCCACUGUAGGUGGACCACAGAUUGAUGACCAGCUGAAGCUUAUAGCAGCAAUCAAAGAAGCUGGAAACAUCAAGAGGUUCCUCCCAUCUGAAUUUGGGCUGGACGUUGACCGUCAUCAUGCAGUUGAGCCUGUGGUUAGCUUUUUUGAGCAAAAAGUGAAAAUCCGGAGGGCAGUUGAAGCUGCAGGAAUUCCUUAUACUUAUGUCUCUUCUAAUGCCUUUGCUGGAUUUUUUUUGCCUACACUGUGGCAACAAAAUGUCACAGCCCCUCCACGCGACAUGGUAGUCAUUCUUGGAGAUGGAGAUGUCAAAGGAGUUUAUGUGAAGGAGGAAGAUGUUGGGACUUACACCAUCAAAGCUGUGGAUGAUCCAAGAACAUUGAACAAAAUCCUGUACCUGAGACCCCCUGCCAAUGUUUUGUCUUUCAAUGAGCUUGUCUCAUUGUGGGAGAACAAGAUUAAGAGUACCAUUGACAAAACUUAUGUCCCAGAGGAUCAACUUCUUAAGAGUAUUCAGGAGUCUCCUUUCCCUGCCAACUUGGAGUUGGCAUUAGGCCACUCAAUGUUGGUAAAGGGUGAUGCUACAAACUUUGUGAUUGAUUCUUCUUUCGGUGAGGAAGCUUCUGAACUUUAUCCUGACGUGAAAUACACCAGUGUUGGCGACUAUUUGAAUCAAUUCAUCUGAAAUUUGAGGAAUCUGUUUCUACCUCUGCUUCACCGAAGUCAAUAAAACCUUAGCAUCCACUGUGUAAAUUUUUCUAUUAGUCACUCAUGUGUCUGUAUUAUCAUCCGAAGAACCCUUUCACGUGUCAUGUACUGAUUUUAACUCAUCAUUUUGUUAUUUAAGAAUAAAUUAAAAGUGAUAUGAUGUUUUUUCUUGAA